AAAAAAAAAAUAAAGCAUGUCUCCUUCCCUCUUCUUUCUAUACAGCAGUCUAUUAGUACUACAAGCUUACUCAAAAACUCUUUUUUUUUUUUUCCUUCUUCCAAAGAUCUUCUCUUUCCACCUUUUCAGCUCUAUAUAAAUUCACCCUGCCCCUUAACUCCAUUUUGUCCCUUCAAAUUCUUCUGUUUUGCUUUGUUUCUCUACCACUUAAGAAGUACUACUACUACAUUGCUAUUAACUUUGUUGAUAACUUGUAAGUUGCAAUCAGAAAGCUGCUAGCUGCUGUGACUUGCUAUUCUCUUACCUUACCAACCUUUGUUGCAAAAAGAAGAAAAAAAAAGGUGAUCUUUUUUGAAAAGCUAGCUAGCUUACAUUGGGGGUAUACCCCACAUCAUCUUCUUCUUCUUCUUCGAUUCUUCUAUUCUUCUUCUUCUACUUCGACUACUAGUUUUCCACUACCAUACAAAUGACUUGUUUGUUUUAACUUUUUUUUUUAAUCUUAGUGUGGUUUCUUUCGCUUUGAAAGUCCGGCAACGUUUUUUGCAUUAACAUUUUUACCACAUUUGUUGCCCUUUAUCUGCUAAGUUAUUACUUCUUUGCGUUCUGAAGAUGUGCAUGUGAAAAUUAGUGAGCCGGAAUGAUGAUGAUGAUCAAGUAUUCGUUUUGUUUGGAACUGUAUUAAAACGGUAGUUUGUCUGGUUAUCAACUUUAUUCUUGACUUGCUGGCAAGGACAACAGAAAGGUGCCAUUUUUAAAUGAGUGCUCAUUUGGAGAUACUGAUACUCUUACCACUUUUUUCUUUUCUGCAUGUUUCUGUAAUCCAACAAUAUGUACACGACAGACCGUAAUUUCCAACAUAAAUAAAGUGGCCUCUUCUCAGUUUUCAUUUCUCUGCCCUGUUUUUACCCUAUUUCGCAACUUCCCUCAUUCUUGCUAACAUUUUUCUGGGGGAAAUUCCAGUUUUGUGGAAAAUGGAGAAGCUGAACUCAAAGCUGUUCAUGGAGAACUGUUACAUCAUGAAAGAGAAUGAGAGGCUGAGGAAGAAAGCAGAGCUUCUGAACAAGGAGAAUCAAGCCCUGCUGAAUGAGCUGAAACGCAAGCUCGCUCAGGGGAUUACUAAUCAUUCCUCUGACUCCAUUCCUGAUCUCAACCUCUGCUCCGGCUCCUCCGGUGGCUCGAAUGCUUCGAAAUCCCGUAACUGAAAAAAUGCAAAUUGAAAUCUACCCAGAAAAGGAAGGACACAUUUCCAGUUUUGUGUUCAUCCCGGCUGGAAUUUUAGGGGGUCCUCUGUCUUUAUAUUUUACUCUGUUUAUGGGGAAUUGGUAGGAUCUAUAUGUCAUGGUAGUUACUACUAGUUAGGUUUGGUGGGGGGAUCAGUUUUUAGUAUUCAACGUAGGAGUCAGGAUUCAGGACGACGACGUCUUUUGUUUAGCUGUCCAUUCGUGUCUGUCCAUCUUAUCAGAAUUCUCAAGUAGUAGUAACAUUUUGUCCUCGUCUCUUGUACCUAUAUUCUAAUACUAUUUCCUAUCUCCUCUCAAGUACGUACGCUUCGGAAAAUGAUCGCAGUUUUUGCCCUUCAUUUACUAAAAUAUUUACUUUAUAUAUUGG